UGCACAGAAGGCAGUUGAAUUUGAACCGUCGUGGAAUACAGACUUGAAAAGUUAAACUUUCCCUGUUUGCCGUUUGUGAGCUCAGAGGAGGAGCAGUGUCAAGUCUCCAUCAUAAGAAAAAAGUUGGGCCCCCCAAAAGCAAAAAGGCAGCAGCCAUUAGUCAGUUGUUGGUUCUUCAAUCAGUGUGUGGUUUUUUGAGGUGUGAUCCCCCCGGAUCAGCCAGUGUCUCAGUGCUCUCUCUUUCUCUAUCUGUUGUGUGUGAAGCGUGAAAAGCGAAAAGAAAAACCCAGAUUAUUGUCUCUAGAGAAAAAGGAAAAAAACGCGGAUUCAAAAGAAGUCCCCGUCGCGACAAAUCCGAAAAGAAUAAAAAUCGCGUUCGCGGAACCGAAAACGGUUCAUUUUGCAGAACAUAGCGCGGGUCGCAUUUGUGAAUCGGAGUGUGAUCCGGUUGUGAAUAAAGUAGCGGCGCAGGUUCCGGCGGAAGCUUCUGGGAAGCAACUUUUCAAACCGGAAAGGUUACAAACUAGUUAAAAAACACAAAAAUGGCCGAUCAACUUACAGAAGAGCAGAUUGCCGAAUUCAAAGAAGCGUUUUCGCUGUUCGACAAAGACGGUGACGGCACAAUCACAACCAAGGAACUGGGAACCGUGAUGCGAUCGUUAGGCCAGAACCCCACAGAAGCAGAACUGCAAGAUAUGAUAAACGAAGUCGACGCGGACGGCAACGGCACGAUCGAUUUCCCCGAAUUCCUGACCAUGAUGGCUCGCAAAAUGAAGGACACCGAUAGCGAAGAGGAAAUCCGGGAGGCGUUCCGAGUCUUCGACAAGGACGGCAACGGCUUCAUCUCGGCAGCUGAGCUGCGUCAUGUCAUGACCAAUCUCGGCGAGAAGCUAACGGACGAGGAGGUGGAUGAGAUGAUCCGCGAAGCCGACAUAGAUGGCGAUGGCCAAGUUAAUUAUGAAGAAUUCGUAACAAUGAUGACAUCGAAGUGAGCUACAGGUCGGAAAAUUAUUGCGCCUUUCUAUUAUUAUUUGUUUAUAAAGAAGACUGUAGCCACGCGCAACACCAGCUGCGCAACGCUAUUGCUAUGGAUUUAAAAAGAAUAACAAAAAAAGAGUAAAAAGAGAAAAAAGUAAAAGUAAAAAUUAACAUUAAAUUAAAUUUAAAACACACAUACAGAAAGAAAACAGAAAAAACCCAGAGGAAGCAGAACAGAAUAGACGGAAGUGAAAAAGGACAAAAAAUAAUGCAAAAAAAAAACAAAACACACACACAGUAAGGAGAAAAUAACUUAAAUUAAUUGUAACAACACAAUUUUAAAUAAGAUAAAUAAAAAAAGGAAGAAAGAAAAGAAAAUACAUUAAUUAAAGUUAAUCACUAUCCUUAAUCUAUUUGUGUAAAUUUUUGUAAAAAUAAAAUAUAAAUAUAAAUUAAAAAACAGAACCGGAGAAAGGCAAACACAGGAGAAGGAGGAGGAGCGAGAGGAUGUUGAGGAGGAAAGUGUAGGGACAGAUUGCAAGGGUUAGGCGACGAUAGCGACAAGUACAGGACGCCGGACUGCAAGACAAUUUGACAAUUUCGUUGGUUAGGGUUGCACAGACAGAGGAGAGAGGAACAGGAAAGGUUAGCAGCAUUUGUUUUUUCGUUGUUUUUUAAGGAAAGGAAAGGAAGCGAGUGCAGGGGACGAGAGUGUCAGGCUGUUAUUCCACGACGUCAUCAAAUCAGCGGGACGACACUCCCACGACACUGCAUAACGGGUCCGGAACGUCAGACCACUUGGUUAGGACACAUCGACAGACAGACGGACGGACGAACGAACAGACGGACUGAACCGGUCGAAAAAAAUAUAUUCCCAAGAGCAGAGCAACAACACAAACCCACGACCACCACGCUUUGCUUUCGUUUUUUUUUUGUUUUUUUUUUCAGCCAAGAAACAGACCAGAAAUAAGGAAGAAGGAAAGGAUCGAGGCGCGUAAGCGGUGAGAAAUUAGGGAUUUCUUGGCGAAGUAAGGAAGAAGUACACAUCCACGAACGAGUUUGAGAAAGAGAGCUGGCAAACAAUGAUCGAUGAAACAUUUCCCACUUUUUAAACUAAUAAAGAAACUGAAGCAAAAUAAUAAAACAAAUUUACGUUACUUCGUUCCGAUGAAUUGAGCCACAUAACAAAUUUGACAGAAAUA